GACACCGAAAGAGCGGACGACGACGACGACGGUGAUUCUCAGUGCGCGUCUCCCGACAAUCGAAAUCGAAUUGUAAAAAAUCGAAAACGCGUAAUUUUUCCAGUGCGAAAAAUAUUGGAAAGAAAAACUAUCCACAAAAAUUAAAUGCUAUUUUUUUCACGUGCUCGCGAGUGAUUUAUGAAAAGUGAAGUUGAAAUAUUGAAAACUAAAGAACCUUCAGGAUGAGCUGCGUCUGAUUGAACCCUUACCGUGUCAGAUCUCAGAUCUCCAAGCUCCAAAAUGAUACUGAUUUUGAUCCUCAUCCAGUUCCUGGCCAGCUUCACCAGUGGCAGCAAUCUCGGCCUGAAUGGCCACCAAGUGGCGGCCGGUUCGAAUGGAUUACAGUGCCAGCGGAUCAGCGUUUCCGCCUGCCAAGGUCUUGGCUACAACAUGACCGCGUUGCCCAACCUGGCGGGUCACACCAAUCAGCUGGAGGCUGAGCUGCAGAUCGCCAAGCUCUUGCCCCUGAUCGAGUCCGGCUGCUCUCGACGCGCCCGCUUCCUGCUCUGCUCGGCCCUCUUUCCGCUCUGCACGCCGGACGUGCCGCGUCCGGUGACGCCCUGCAAGUCCCUCUGCGAGACCGUCCAGAGCGAGUGCUCCCAGAAUGCUCCGCCCGAGCUGAUGGAGCUGUGGCCGCCAUUCCUGGGCUGUGCCGGCCUGCCACAGCCGGAGAAGCACGAGCUUUGCAUGCGGAUACCGGAGGAGGGCGAGGCACCCACCACAAGUCCUCCUUCCAGUCCACCCGAGGGUCAUUUGCCGGCUCUAUCCCCAGGAGACAGAGAGAUCUCCUUGCCGCAGCAGCAGCUUCAGGCAUAUCGCUUUUGGAACAGUGCAGGAGGCGGAGGAGCAGGAGCAGGAGGAGGAGGAGGAGGAGGAGUAGGAGGAUCUGCAGCGGGGCCAGGAGGAGUUGGAAGUGCCACCCAGGGACUAGCUUCAUCCACGAUCUUUUGCCCGCAAAACUUUAGCGGCAGCCACCUCGAUCCGGAUGUGUGUGUGCCGCAGUGCCAGCGGGACGCCUUCCAUACGACCGCCCAGAAGAAGCUAUCGGAGAGCUUGAUACUGGGCCUCUCGGCCGUCUGCUUUGUGCUCACCCUCUUCGCCCUGGUCACCUUCUGGGCGGAGCCCACUCGCUUUGGCUAUCCCGAGCGGCCGGUGCUCUUCCUGUGCCUGUGCUACAACCUGUUUAGCGUUUGCUACCUGGAGAGGAUCGUGUUCCACAAUCAGGCGAGGAGUCUGGCCCAGCUGCAGGAGCAGGGAAGGCCGGCGGGAUUGAGAACCGCCUGCCCGCUGAGUCCGCCGUGCCUGGCCUCGUAUAUAACCACCUCAUACUUGAGCCUGUGCGCCGCCAGCUGGUGGCUCAUCUUUGCCCUGUGCUUCUACCUCUCCUCGCACAAGAAGUGGUCCAGCGAGGCGCUGGAGAAGCGCUCGGGUCUGUUCCAUGUUUUGGCCUGGGUGCCGCCGCUGGCGCCACCGAUAGCUGCCCUGCUCCUGGACCGCGUGCGUCCCAGCGAGCUGACUGGGAUGUGCUAUGCCCCCGGAUUUGUGGAGCUGCCCGCUCUGGUGCUGCUGCUGCUGGGCCUGUACUUUACGCUGCGCGCCUCCAGAUCGCUGCUCUCGCUGCAGCAGCAGCUCCAGCCGUCGCUGGCCCUGGCCCACCAUCGUUUCGGCCAGAUUCGUAAGCGUUUCGUUGUCUUCUCGCUGCUGUAUUUUGCACCCACGGCCGCCGGAGUGGUGGCCGCUCUGUGCGAACGUUAUGCGGACUCGGUGGUGCCCAGCUGCUCCACGCCCGAGGACUGUGCCUCGCCCACCCCGCUGAGUGCCUGGCCGGCGCUGCUGAGGAUAUUCUUCCAAUUGGUCGGCGGUACACUGACGGGCCUGUGGGUGUGGUCCCGCAAGACCUGCGAGAGCUAUCGGAAUCGUCUGGUGGCCGGCGGCGCGGGUGGCGGUGGAGUCGGUGGGACACACACCUCGGCGCUGAUGAACCCCACCAAGGCGGGGGUGGUGGUGGCCGGAGCGGGGCCGCUGCCCAAGAAGCAUCUGUAUACCAGCGGUAAAUCCAUGCUGCCCAGCGGUGGCAUAACGACGCCGCUCUACGCGGGCAUCAGCUUCCACAAUGUGCCCGUCUACAAUCCGAAUCAGUCGAGGGUUUAGCGAGGGUUCACUGUACUGCCAACCAAGAACCAAUCCUGAAGGAAUCCAGCAGAAGGCUUUAAGCUCUGAUCUGAGUACGUGGACCAGCUCCAUGUAUGCGUAGUCUGUAGGAAUAACUGAAAUGUGUUAAUAGUUUUAGAGUCUUAAUUGUAAUUAUUAUUAUUAUUAUUAAUAUUAUUAUUAUAAAUUUUACAAGUCUUGGUAGGUUUCCUAGUAGUUAAGCCUGUACAUAGAAGAAAUGUUCUUUUUUUUUGGCGUAAUUUAAUUGAAUUUAGGCUUAAAAGUUCAAUUUAAUUGCUAAUGUUAAU